AUGUUCCGUACCUCCUCUCGUCCCCUCUGGCAACUCGCCGCGAGAGCUUCGCCCAGAACUUCUCUACCCCGCGCAUCAAUUGCGCCUCUACUACGCCAACAACGAGCUGUCUACUCUAGCAAAUCCGAUCAAGAGAACCCUCCUCCUCCAAAGCAACCCAUUGACUAUGAGGCCGAGCGCAAACGUGGACAGGAGCUUCUCCAAUCCGACCCCAGCCAUGUCUCGAGCAAGAGCUCACUCCCCAACACAAUUGGAGUCCAAGGCCCUCCCCAGGAGGAAGGCAUGAGCAACGAGCUCAAGCACGAUAUUGGUAUUGUGAAAGACACAUUCACAUUCACAGAUGUACCCCGCGAGUCGCGCAUCCUCGGUCUUGCCGGUACACUUCCUUAUCUCGGAACUUCGCUUUCCACUGUCUUUCUCGCUUGGGACUUGAAUAAGGAUAUUCCCACAGGCAAUUCUUUCUACGAUGCCAUCAUGGUCGACCACGAGACUGCCAAGUACCUGUUGAGUGUCAUUGAGCCCCUCCAGCUCGGAUACGGUGCUGUCAUUAUCUCUUUCCUUGGAGCCAUCCACUGGGGCCUCGAGUACGCCGAAAAGUCGCCAUCUCUCAAACGAACCCGCUUCCGUUAUGGCAUGGGUCUCGCCUCUUCGGUCAUCGCUUGGCCCACUGUGAUGCUCCCUGUUGAGUACGCUCUCACUACUCAAUUCAUGGCUUUCGUCGGUCUCUACUUUGCCGAUUCUCGCGCCGCGACCAAAGGCUGGGCGCCUCGCUGGUACGGAUCCUACCGUUUCCUCCUCACAGCCAUGGUCGGAUUCGCAAUCUUCAUUUCGCUUAUUGGCCGAGCCAAGAUCAAGCAGGGAGAUGCCAUUACCGCUCAAGGUCUAAGCAACAACUUCUCCCGAAGCGGUAUCGCAGACCACGAGACCGACUGGUCCAAGCUUGAGGAAAAGGAGAAGGAGCGUCAGCGUAAGAAGAAGGCUGAAGAAGAGAAGAAGGCCAAGGAGGCUGAGAAGAAGAAGAAGGAAGAGGAAAAGAAGAAGGGUAAGAAGGGCGGUAACAAGGAGAAGAAGAGUGAUGACAAGGCCAAGGCUUCUGAAGAGGCUAGCGACAAGAAGUCUGAGUCUAAGGAUGGCGAGAAGAAGGGUGAGGAGAAGGAUGAGGAUAAGAAGGACGAGGGCAAGAAGGCUGAGUCCGAGUCAAAGGGAGAUGAUGGUGACAAGGCCGAGUCUAAGGAUGAGGGCAAGGACGAGAAGCCCAAGGAAGAGUCCUCUGGCACGAAGGGCGAGUCUGAGAACAAGGACUCUGAGGAAGAGUCCGACAAGAAGGACGAUAAGUCUGAAGAAAAGAAGGGUGACAAGUCCGAGGAGAAGGAGGACGACUCCAAGGACAAGAAGGAUGACAAGUCUGAUGACAAGAAGGACGACUCUAAGGACAAGGAUGACGCUAAGGACAAGGGUGACUCCAAGGAUAAGAAGGACGAUUCCAAGAAGAAGGACAAGAAGGAGUAA